AUGCACCAUACCCCCUUCAAUUUUCAGUUCGAUAUGAACCACUUUGGCGAUUUGUCAGAUUGUGCGGGCUCGAUAGAGCCAUCGGUGGGCGGCGCCAAGGGCAACGAGGACAUUGAAAUGUCAGCAACUGAGACUUCGACGUGUCCGAAGGAAGACUGCACGAGGAAGCUCACCUCUCUGGCAGUCGAGUUCCAGCGGCACCUCAUGCUUAUAAACAGCUACUCGACGGGGGCCGGCGCCGAUGCCCAACACUGGCUCAGCACCUACCCCAUCGGGGAGAUUCUGUGCCUGUCCGGAGAUUUUGCCAGCCUCCUCAAACCGGAGCUUUACCAACACGGACGUGGAGCGUCCGUCUCAAUAUGCGAGAACGACGGCGUCCGGCCGCCGAGCUGCACGCAAGUGGGUCAUAAAGAGAGACACGACACCAUCGGAUCGGAUGUAGCACAUCGCAACCAUCCACACACGCCGGAGUCGAUGUCAUCAGCAUCCACUCCCAGCCCCACCACAUCCUCCUCCUCUCGCCCCUCCUCAUCCUCCGUCUCCGUCUCCACCACCUCCAACGGCGUGGACACGCCGAUGGCCCUGCUGAUCCUCAACUGCUACGUCUCCAUGAUCCGCAUCUACAGCGCGCUCUUCGCCCACCUAUACGCGCAUCUGGGGCGGUCGGCAGCAGGGGUAGGCCUGUCGUCGCGCACCGAUCCCGGCUUGAAAUUCGGCGAGCUGCCGGCCGCCGGCGACGACGUGUCGCUGCGGACGUAUACGGCCGUGCGGCUAUUACUGGCCGCGCUGCAGCACAGCGAGGAGCUGCUCGAUCUGCCCGACGACCUGCGGUGCGUGCUUAAUGCGUCCGCCGCACCUAAUGACCGAGAAGAAGCCGCGUCGUCGAGCAGCGAGGCAUCAUCGGGCAGUGAAGCAGAGCAGCAGCGCUUGGACCUGGCCGAAAGGGUUGGUCGGGAGAUGAUUGCGUCGGAGCUGGCGCGGGCCGUGUUCAGGCAGGAGGCGCAGAUGAGUGCCGAACUCGGUGGAGGGGGGUUGAUGCUGUUGAGGAAGAAUAUCGAGGGGGUGAAGACGUCGCUCAGGCAGCGCAUGCAGUUGUGA